AUGGCCGUAAUAAUGUCAUUAGUACCCACGAGUACGGCGGUACCAAUGCCAAGCGGAGUACCUCUACCCUCGAGCACAUCAGCAUCACCGGCAUUCAUCAUCUCGGCGGCAGCACUACGACGUCAAGAUGGUGGGACUAACAUCCCAAUAGUAACCAGCAUCUGCGGCUAUGCCGUCGCCCAGGAUGCCUCUCUGAAGUCCAUAAUGGCUCCGAACGGUAUGGUGUGUGCCAUGGAUCCACCGAACCAGCUGUUUGGCUUUUGCCCGAGACAGUUCUCUAUCAAAAACGAACGGGAUAUAGUCACGAACUGUGAAUGGAACGCCUGGUGUAUCGAUGCUUACGAUUGUAGUGACGGCUGCGGUGCUGAAAGCGCACGUUCUCAGUUUGGCACAACGAGAUGUAAUGCCGCAUCUCGUCCGUUCUGUCAACUCACUCGUCUAGGGAAGACCCAUACAGAUGAAACAGAUGCAUAUUGGAGCGUCGGUUGCGGAAGCAAUCACUAUAAAAUCCACGACUACCUGUUGGACCAGAAGGCCGCUCUCGCGCCUUCAACGCCCGCUUCCACCACCGAAGAUGACAACUUCACUGCGCCCCAAACGGUGCAGGCUCCCCUGGCAACAACCUCGUCAUCACAGCCCGUAACACCCACCUCUUCGGGGCCACCACUAGCACUCCUGACUGCUAAUUUCUCGUCCCGCUCUUCCUCUUCGGGUGCCAGCGCCAGUGCUAUCCCAUCCACCUCCUCUUCCACCACUUCCCCAGCCCCACAGCCAUUCUAUACACUCACCUAUACCUCAGCAGACGAUAAAGAAGAAGAAGCCCAGAAGAAAGGAACCGCCAGGCCCGCCAUCCUCGGCUCCGCCAUCGGGAGUCUGGCAAUUAUCUACAUCCUCCUCUUCACCUGGUGGCAUCGCGGGCCUCGGAGGCGCAAGCGAGAGCGGCAGCGGGAGGCGAAGGAAGCAGCCGAGAGGGUGGUGAGGGAACAGGGGCUUUUGCGGCUACGAAACGAAUUUAAAGCAAGUGGACCUGAUGGAAUAGGGUUUGAGGAUUCUCUUCACAAGCCUCAGGUCAUUUAUGUACCUCAGCAGCAGCAACAGCAGCAGGAAAUCCACGAACUCGGCUUUGGAACAAUGACGAACCCCAAAACGCCGAGGCUUCCAGAGAUGUCCAACGAUCCACCAACUCCAAAGGAGCUCGACCGCGAGAAGCGCAAGUGCUGGCAGUUCAUUCCGCCAGUCAAGAGCCACCAAUACCAGUACCAGUACCACCAAUAA